UAUAAAAGCUUGUCUGAGAGGGAGUCUGCACUCAACAGAUAUGGGUUCAGGCAGGAGGAUGUGUCGGAGCCAGCUGUUGCUCCUGAAUUUGUUGGUGUUUUUCCUUCUGAUUUCUCUCUCUGAUGGAUCUCAAUUGGAGGUGAUGGCUGCCCCCAAUCUCCUGCGAAUAGGAACCAAAGAAAACAUCUUUGUUGAAAUUCAAGAUCCUGUUCUUAAAGAAAAUGUCAGUGUUCAUAUCUCCGUGUUGACGUACCCAGCAAAAGCCAAGAAGUUGGCAUCGACAACUGUGACCCUUACUAAGGACAAUUACUUCCAGGGCUUUGGAAACAUUUUGAUCCCUGCUGAACACUUCAGUAAAGAUCCCAACAUAAAGCAGUAUGUUUACCUGCAAGCACAGUUUAAUUCCCGAACACUGGAGAAGGUUGUGUUAGUCUCCCUUCAAUCUGGGUACAUUUUCAUCCAGACUGACAAGACCAUUUAUACUCCCAAUACCCCUGUCCUUUACAGGAUUUUUGCAGUGACGCCUAGCAUGGAGCCCAUGGACAAGGCCUAUCAACCAGGAACUGAUGCUUCAGUUGUCAUUGAAAUUAUGAACCCUGAUGGAAUCAUUUUAGAAUCGAAGCUUGUCCUUAUAGAGUUAGGAAUGUACUCUGGAAGUUACAAGCUCCCUGAAAUUGUCAGUACAGGACAGUGGAAGGUGAUGUCAAAAUUUGACACAGAAUCAAAGCAAAUAUUUGAGGCAGAAUUUGAGGUCAAAGAAUAUGUGCUUCCCAGUUUUGAUGUUCAUCUGACAUCUGUGGUCCCCUUUUUCCACGUGGACAGCAAUGCGCUCACCAUCAACAUCAGAGCUACUUAUCUAUUUGGUAAAGAGGUGACUGGUACAGCUUUUGUGGUGUUUGGAGUUAUAACUGGUGAUAAAAAGACGGGCAUUCCAAGUUCUCUUCAGCGAGUAUCGAUUGAUGAAGGAACAGGAACAGUGACACUGCAAAGACAACACAUUGAAGAGACCUUUGCAAAUAUCCAUGCCCUGGAGGGAAGCUCCAUAUUUGUUGCUGUCAGUGUGCUGACAGAGAGUGGUAGUGACAUGGUAGAGGCACAGCUGAGAGGUAUCCAAAUUGUCAAAUCACCCUACACCAUCACCUUCAAGAAAACGCCCAAAUAUUUCAAACCAGGAAUGCCUUUUGAUGUAGUGGUUGAAGUUUUGAAUCCUGACAGCACUCCAGCAAACAAUAUCCCUGUGGUGCUAGAUCCUGGUAACAUGCAACAGGUCACCACAAACAAUGGCAUGGCAAGCUUUAUCAUCAAUACAGUGGGAAACAGUGACAACCUUUUUAUUACAGCAAAGACCAAUGUUGACAAGAUUUCACCUGAAUGGCAAAGAUCAGCUGAGAUGACAGCUAUCCCACACACUACUAAAACUAAAAAUUACAUCCAUAUCAGCUUGGAAUCAUCUCUGGCUCAAGUAGGAAAAUAUCUACAAUUCACCCUAAACCUUAACAGGCAAGAGUCAUUUGACAUUACAUACCUGAUCUUGAGCAGAGGUCAGAUGGUGAAACACAAACGAUUCCAGGCAGACAGUCACAAAAGAAUUUCCCUCAGCGUUCGCAUUACCAAAGAUAUGCUGCCAUCAUUCCGCAUCAUAGCCUACUACCAUACACAUGAUGAAGUGGUAUCGGACUCUGUUUGGGUGAAUGUAAAUGAUGCCUGCAAGACAGAGCUGAAGCUGGAACGCGCGAAAGAUGAUUCUUAUAAACCUGGUGGGAAAUUUGACCUGAGGAUCACAGGGUAUCCAGGAGCCUCAGUGGGACUAGUCGCAGUUGACAAAGGUGUCUACAUCCUAAACAACAAGCACCGCAUCUCCCAGAAAAAGAUUUGGGACAUAGUAGAGAAGUAUGACCCAGGCUGCACACCAGGUGGAGGAAAGGAUAGCAUGAGUGUUUUCUAUGAUGCUGGAUUGAUGUUUGAGAGCAGCACUGCUUCUGGAACACCACAUAGAACAGAUUUGAAGUGUCCUACCCCUAGCAGAAGGAGACGAUCCACGGCUUUAAUUGACCACAGAACCAGCCUGAUAUCUAAUUAUAAUGACAAAGAAAAAAUUGAGUGCUGUUUGGAUGGCAUGAAAAACAUUCCUGUUCCAUACACCUGCGAGAGGCGCCGUGACUAUGUUGUGGGUGGUCCAGCCUGUGCCGAGGCCUUCCUGCACUGCUGCAAGGAGAUGGAAAAACUGCACGCUGACAGGAAAGAUGAUGCCCUCAAACUGGCUCGCAGUGACUGGGAUGAAGAUGAUGAGUAUACAGAGAGUGAAAAGAUCACUAUUCGCACCGCAUUCCCUGAAAGCUGGCUUUGGAGUAAUGUCACACUACACUGCCCUGAAGAGACGCCUAACUGUGGCACAACAUCACUUGAAAAACAUUAUACCUUGAAAGACUCAAUCACAACCUGGCACUUCACUGGCAUUAGUAUAUCAAGAACUCAUGGUAUCUGUGUGAGUGAUGAUUUAGAGGUCUCUGUAAGGAAGGAAUUCUUCGUUGACCUCAGGCUGCCAUACUCUGCAGUCCGUGGAGAGCAGCUUGAAAUUAAGGCAAUAAUCCACAACUAUAAUGAAGCCCGUGUCACAGUGCGCAUCGAUCUAAAAGAGGAAGACAAUUUGUGCAGUGCAGCUCAUAAGCGCAAAAAGUAUCGUCAGGAGGUCCGUGUUGGAGGUAAAAGCACACGGGCUGUACCAUUUAUCAUUAUCCCCAUGAAGGAAGGAUCUUUCCCCAUUGAGGUCAGAGCAUCUGAUGGAAGAGGGAACAGUGAUGGCAUCAGGAAGAACCUUCGGGUAGUGCCUCCAGGUGUACUGAUGAAAUCUCCAAUGACUGUAACAUUAGACCCUGCUAAGAAAGGAAGAGACGGCAAACAAGUGGAAAUCAUCAAGAGUGCCAUUCUUGAGACAGAUAUGGUUCCAGAUACAACUACAAGCACACUAAUCUAUCUAAGUGGAAGAGAGCAAAUGAGUACACUACUGGAAAACGCCAUUAGCGGUAAAUCAAUGGGCAAUCUAAUCAUACAGCCCUAUGGCUGCGGAGAACAGAAUGUGGCUCGCAUGACCUUGCCUGUUAUUGCAACCAUAUAUUUGGACAAAACCAACCAGUGGGAGUUUGUUGGCUUUGAGAAACGUAAUGAAGCUCUUCAGCACAUAAAAAAAGGUUAUGAAACUGAACUAACUUUUAGGAAACAAGAUGGCUCUUUUGCUGUGUUUGAAAAGCAUGAUGGCAACAGCUGGCUGACUGCCUAUGUUGCCAAGGUUUUUGCGAUGGCUUACAGCCUGGUGAGAGUGGAGAAACAUGUGAUCUGUGAUGCAAUCAAGUUUCUCAUUCUCCAUGCACAGCUACCUGAUGGCACGUUCAGAAAAUUUGGAUAUGUGUAUAAUCGAUUAAUACGUAGUGAUCUGUCAAGAACAGAUUCAGAUGCUUCCAUGACAGCCUUCUGCCUGAUUGCCAUGCAGGAGUCACGUGAAAUUUGUAACUCCUCUCUUAACAGUUUAUCAAGCAGUAUAAACAAAGCAGUGGCCUACCUGGAGAAUAAUCUGCCCAGCCUCACCAACCCUUACGCUGUUUCAAUGGCAUCAUAUGCCCUGGCUAAUGAAAACAAACUGAACCAGGAGAUCCUCUUCAAGUUCAUCUCCUCAGACAAAACCCACUGGCAAGUACAUAAUGAAUAUUAUUACACACUGGAAGCCACAGCUUAUGCUCUUCUUGCUCUCAUCAGGGCCGAGGCCUUUGAAAAAGCCACCCCUAUUGUGAGAUGGCUUGGUGAACACCAGCAGGGAGGCGGAGGGUAUGGGUCAACUCAGGCUACUAUAAUGGCAUACCAAGCAAUUGCAGAGUACUGGAUCAAUGCUAAAGAACCAGAGUAUAAUGUGAAUGUGGACAUCUUGUUACCAGGCCGGGCAGUGAUUGAGCAGUACAGCUUCAACAAGGGAAAUCAUUUUACCACAAGAACAUCAAAGUUCCCUGCUAUAAACAUAGAUAUACUAGUGAAUGCCACAGGAAAUGGAGAAGCAGUCUUGAAGAUUGUGUCGAUGUAUUAUGCUCUCCCUAAAGCAGUAGAGAAGGCCUGUGCUCUGUUCAACCUGUCUGUGCAGAUCGACCCAGUGAAACUGGAUGAAAAUGAGAAGACAUACAAGCUCACAAUAGAGGUUUUGUUUAAAGAAGAUCGCAAUGCAUCGAUGUCAAUUGUAGAUGUUGGUUUGCCAACUGGCUUCACAUUUGACAAAAAUGACUUGGAUGCUUUAACUAAUAGCCACUCCAAGAUCAUUGCAAGAUAUGAAAGCAAUACGGAUUUGUCAGAAAGAGGGUCAGUCAUUAUUUACCUGGACAAGGUUAGUAGUGUACAACCAGAAAUAAUAGCUUUCAGGAUCCAUUCAGCUAUGGAAGUAAGCAUCUUGCAACCAGCUGCAGUGUCCGUCUAUGAAUACAAUAACAAAAAACCUUGUGUGAAAUUCUACCACCCUGAAAAAAAAAGUGCGGAGCUUCUGAGACUGUGUAGAGAACAACAGGAAUGCAUAUGUGCUGAAGAAAAUUGCAGUUUCCAGAGAAAGAACGGAUUCAGCAAUGAUGACCGCAUUGCAAAGGCUUGUGAAGUCGCAAGUGAUGGCAGUAUAGAUUAUGUUUACAAAGUAAGGGUGGAAAAUUUGGAAGACCACUGGUCCACUGACUUUUACACAGUGCAAAUUGUUGAAGUGAUCAAGGAAGGAACUACUGAUAUUGGUUCAGAGGGUCACCUACGCAAAUUUCUCAGUUCUCAGCACUGCAGAAAGGCUCAGAAUCUGAUCGUCGGUAAAACCUACCUCAUCAUGGGCACAUUCAAAGAUAUUUACAAAGAUAAGAAAAACAAAAUAUUCCAGUAUGUGCUUGGUGAGAGAACUUGGAUCGAGUACUGGCCCACACCUGCUGAGUGCCAGACUGGAGAAUAUCGAUCAACCUGUUUGGGAAUAGAAGAACUGGUCAGCGUGUACAGAAUCCAUGGAUGUCCAAGAAAGUGAAGCUGAGAACUACUUAGCCCACACCUAUGACCCUGAAGGAAAAUGUAUUCAGAAUUAAAACAUUUUUAAUAAUUCAAAAUGUGUUCAAGAAAUUUUCCAGGAGCAUGGGAUGCCUGUGUCACACUGGGUUCUGAUAUGGAUGCAGAAAUCCUAAUAUUACAACACAACUGUAAAUUAAAAUGCACAUAUGUGUGGUAAUUUAAAGCUGAAUUAAAGGGAAAAUAAAGGUUAGUGUGGAAAGAAGUCUCGUGGUAUAAAGCAGUGCAGUAACCACAAUAAACAAACAAAAAAAAAGUAAAAAUUUCAAAUGCAACUAUUUAGAUGGUAGUGCAAUAAAUCAUUUUACUAGCACAUAUUGUCCUUGUCAACAAAAGUGAAUUGUGUUGCUGUAUUUUAUCUGGAACAAUUAAUAAACAUAAAUUCAAUA